AUGUCGUCGUACAAGUCUGAUGGCGGUCGAAUACCCCGGUUCAGGGAUGUUGCAUCCCAUUCUCGAAACGUAUCAUCAUCGUCCAUGAGGAACGCAUCAGCGAAGCCACUCGGUCCUGCUGCAUCCCCGUCAUUACCUAGGUCCCAGAUCGCGAGACCAAUCAAUUCAUCCACCCGGUCGAGCAGAGCUUCAUCCCUGUCCGAAGCCGAGGAGAGGCGUCCUGUUGCAGUCCUGUCCGGUCCGUCGCCUUCACCACUCCACCACGGUCUCUAUGCUUCGCCGCCACGCGCGACGACGCAUCCCCAGCCUGUCUCUUCCAUUCCUGCCUUCACCUCCGAACGCCACGUGCUGCAAAGCCCAUAUCCGGAGACAUCUCCGAUCAUUGGAGGUGCCGUGCAGCGUGUCCCCGUCCGGGCUCAACCAAGGAACGUUCUUCGACGGAAAGCUCCGACAAUUGGACAGCAUACUGCCAAUAACAAACCGAUAGAGCCGGUCAGACCGGAGAGGCUGAAUGUGAUAAUCCCAGCGAGUCCCCCAUCGAAUCCGAUUACAAUGGCAUCUACUCAGGCUGUCCGGAGCGUGAGUGAGUUAUAUAAGCAGAAUGUCUCCCCAGAGGUGGAACGGCGUACGAUGGACAGUGGACGACCAGAGCGACAGGCACCUCAGGCACCGAAAGAGCUCGCAAGUCUCCGAACAACGGUCAAUACCCACAAUUUGCCUCCUCCCACGCCCAUCUUCCAUUCUGCCAGCAGUCCCUCAACGAGAUACUCCGAGUCCCCGGGUGUAUGGAGUAGGACGUCAACACCAACCUCGUUGUCAUCCUAUUCCCCAGGAAUUGUCCAGCCCGUCAAGACUGGACCUCGUUUGCGACAGGCCAGCCCAUCGCAGAGCAGACUUCCGGUUUUCUCACCUCGUGUACAGCAAUCUCCGCAGAGUGAGCGAGCAAACACCAUCGAAACCCACAAACUGGAUACUGGAUCGACCCCGUCACUCGUCAAAGGACAAGGUGAAGAGCCAACGGCAAAGGCUGGCAGCCGGGCUCCUAAUGCCACAAAGGAUAUGCAGCCCACAGCAGCGACAAAACCCGGGCCCCCAAAGAGGAUAAAUACAAACGUUGCUCAACGACCAACUGGCGGAAUCUUGAAGGCUCAUUCGGCCCCAGUGUCCACGGGAGCCAGCCCACGCAGACCUAGCGAUCAUGCACUCCCCCCACUGCGACCCAGCCGAGAAGGAACCCAUCGAUUGGAGCUGGAGCCGUCCCCUGUGGUCAAGAGCAGCUUAUCCCCAGGAACGGUAACCCACCAUAAGCGCCGUGGAUCCGCGGGGAGUUCUUUCGGGGACAAACCAAGCCUGGCAUCCAAUCGGUCUGCAGCCGCCUCAGCCGACUCAUUACACUCAAAGAGCUCCUCGCACAUACCAUCCCGCACGCAAGGGUCACCCGAGCUGGCUCGCAAAUCCCCCCGAACACUGACAAAGGAGCCCAAGACACCCCGCGAACAGCUCAGCCCGACAAAGACUCGACGGUUCGGCUUCUUCACCAAGAAAUCCAAGCCGGAUCUCCAUACCCAAAGCCCCGAGGAGACACGGCCUGUUCGCAAGGGCCCGGCUGCAGGAACAGGCCACGAAGGCUAUGGGCGGUAUGCACAUCGCGGGCGAAAGACAAGCGUUGGAAGCAGCGGCAGCACUACGAGGGGGCGAUCCACCAGCACCACGAGGAGCGUGUCUAAGUCGGUCGCCAGUAGCAAGGGAAGUGCGAGAGGCCGGCCAGAUGCAGAGCUCGACGAUUUUCUGCUUCACCGACUUGAACCAGUUGUGAUCCAAGGUGGGGGAAUGGAUGGGGCAACGUUGAUGCGGACACAGAGUGAGCAAAGUUCAGGCGGGUUGAGCACCGAGUCGACGUCCAAUCUCACCCUAUACCCCACGAUCACCCAGUCCACUGGAUAUUCCACCGAGUCGUUAGCAACAACGGCGGGGUUGAGCGAUAGUGCAGAGACUCGUCAACGAACGCCAGACACCCAGAUAGCAAGAGGCGUUCCACCUACAGGCUCUCCGCUUGCACGCGGGGGUCCAGAUGGUUCAUAUUCUACUCCCCGGAAGCUAUCCGAACAGCAAAAGGUUUCUAUGGGCAGGAAGCCGUCUCUAGUUCCGGUGGGAGACCAGCGUCAUAAUGCGAAGCAAGCCCAGCCCAAGUCUUACCAGAAAAAGCCAUCCAGAAAAGGACUUGGCCUAAAGUGGCCGUUUUUUCAGAGGGAUGCCAGCCGGGAGCACGAACAGGUGGAUGACCCUCCUGCUCCUCAGUUGCAGGCCACUGUGGCUCCUGUUACAGUCCGCCGUCAAGUCGCACACUACGCUCUCGUGGACGCCGAUUCCGAUCCUCUGGAAGACAUCAUCCACCAUGUGGAAGACUCGCCGCCUACUGACAUCGAGGACGACCCCCCUGCUCCGGCUGCCCAGACCGAGGAGCGUGAAGGGCGUCCGACAAGACUGGCGCCCGUUGGGAGGAUCCCACGAGUUGUAUCCAGGCGGGAGAGGAAGCAUACUCCGGCGUUUCAAUCGUUCUCUAGGCCGUUCAGUGUUGCCGAAUCGCCGUCAAUACCAGCUCCAGUGAAGCAAACGUCUCAGCAUUUCUCUCCAACCAAUCCGAUGACUGGCGUAUCUCCAGGCCAACCUACAAGACCCGGUUUUGACCUCACCCAACCGUUCGGUGACCCCAUGGAUCGGAACGUCCUGGACAUGAUUACUGGAUCUUAUGCGAAUAAUGAGUUCCUCACCUUCUCGCCUGGGAAGGAGUCUAUACCAUCAAGUGGACCUGAGAACAUGACUGCCGUGACUGCGGUCAUCCCGAGCCCUGGGUCUGCCCUGAAUGAAGACGAAGUGUGGGGAGAAUACGAUGACCUGAUCGACCAUGUUCUGUCUCCAGAGCAGACGGGCCCUGCUCUGGAGGCGGCCGAAGAUGAAAAGUUCGAGAUGGCCACGAUGGCGAGUCGGGCCCUCCAAGCUGAGCUGAAUGGUGCAGCAGUCGAGCAACCUACAGUGGCUCUAACCCCGGCAUCACCGUCUUCCAGCAACGGAUCCAUCCACCUCCGCCGGUCUCGAAUCGUCUCAGCUUUGCAUUCAUCCAUUGCCCCAUCCACGCAGCCGUCCUUCAGCGACAUCAUCGCCAGCUAUCGCGACAGCUACGACCGUGACACAGCCCAAGACUCGCAAACCAACGCAUCCACCGCAGAGCCCCAAACCACAACCACAACCACAACCACCCUCCUCUCCCCCUCCCUAAACCCAUCCCCCAGCUUCGAAACCUGCCGCCAACGCAACACCAUCCUCUUUGACAUCGCCGAGCGCGACCGCGAAGGCCCGACCGCCCAAACCAACAUCCGCUCCGGCUCCCUGAUGACCAGCCGCUGGCUCUCCUUCGGCCCGCGCACGUCUACGCCCUCACCGACGCCCCGGCGCCCACCGGCCCCAAACACCCCGCCGCCUGGCUGCCCCCGCCCAACCACCACACCAUCCACAACGCCAGCCUGGCCGCUGCGCUGCCCUUCCCACGCGGCUACUUCACCGUCGCCGUGCUGCGCUUCCCCGCCGCCGCCUCCGACGCCGCCCAGAACGCCCUCGUCGCCGAGUGCAAGCGCGUGCUCCGCCCCGGCGGCUACAUCGAGCUGA